AUGGCCGUCGGCAGCAUUGACCUGGGAGCAGCCGUAAUACUAGUGUACAACGAGGGCACGACGCGGUUCGAUGAUGUGCCGUCGAUGGACAACUUCGGUCCGAGAAUACCUGAAGAGGGAUUCGCAGGACGGCUCCAACUGGCCCAACCGAACGUGUACGCCUGUUCCGCCAUCAGCGGGCCAACAUCCACCACAGCAGUAGCGCCGGCAGCAGCCGUCAAAGAGGCAGCGGGCGAAUUAGAUUUUGGAGGCGCCACUCCACCAUCAAGGACCCGCGCACACAGCGGGGUAAGCCGCGGCAUGCCACUGGCAGUAUCGCGGCAACCCCCUCGCGGCGAGAUCUUGGAGGCGGCUUGGACGACAGCGGCGGCGACGGAGGCGGCGGCAGCUGGAGAGGAAGAUCUUCCUUCGGCUGCGCUCAUCUCGAGGUCGGAGAAGGAUGACCCUAAUGGGUGCACCUUCGAGACCAAGGUCCUUAACGCGCAGGCUGCAGGGUUCAGCAUGGUGAUCGUGUACGACUCUCGACAGGAGAACAUGUUCAAGAUGGGCAGAAGCUCCGCCAAGGGGGCGAAGCAUCCAAAAGUCGAGAUACCGUUGGUGUUGGUUACGCAUGCGUCUGGCCUGGCUUUGAAGGCGUUGAUCGCGACUACGUCGGACAACCGCGGACCAGAGGUGUACGUGGACAACACCGACCCCUUCGGCAUGUUUGUGACGGUCGAUCUCACCAUGUUCAUGCUUGUCACCGGGUUCUUGCUGGCGCUGCUGACUUGCGGAAGCAUGAUGGUGGUGACCCUCCACCGUUACUUGCGCCGCUACGAAAGUCUGGUGGCGGGCACCAACAGGCCAAUGUCCUUGCCCGAGGUGCUGCAACUGCCAGAAGUUCGUGUGGAGGAGGGGUCUCGCCUUGAAGGAGACUCAUGUCCGGUGUGCUUGGAGGCGUACCGAAUAGGGGACAAGCUGCGAAGCCUCCCCUGCCAGCACGCCUUCCACGCGGGGUGCAUCACGCCUUGGCUCACCCAGCGUCAAAGAAGCUGCCCCAUGUGCAAAGACCCGGUGACUCUGACGGUAGGGCUGGCUCCUCCUACAAGUAGCUCCCCCUCAUCUUCAUCUGCUUCUUCGGCCGCCCCUGCGGCCGUGAUUACCGCACCGGCGAUGCAAGCUGCGCGCGCAGACGGCGGGGAGAGGGGGGACGACGGUGCCGGGGGCGACCGGUUGCCGCUGUUGUCGAAUUCGAGGGGGGCGCCUAUCGCGGGGGGGUCAAUUCAAGACACCUCUCCGGUGUAGGUUGGUGGUUGUGAUGUUACCCCACCGGUUUGACGGCUUUUAUCAUGGAAGGUCAGGUCGGAAUGGAUCAUGUACAUGUGUAAUAGAGUGUUGGAUGAGAUAUAGACUCGUCAAGAUGAUAUCUGUGUGAGCAAGGUGUAGGAUGCACGGCAGCAUUAUGUGUAGAAACAAGACAACCCUGGCCCCUGUUUGGUUCAGUGAGCGAGGACGCUCUUUGGCACUCGAAGUGCGUUGUUAGCGCGACAGGUAUGAGGCUACGUACACGAACCUCGCUGCUGCGCGUGCCUGUCUUUUAGUUGGUGGGUGUUUUUCAUUUUGUGACGUGGGCUUCUCCCCCCCCGCCUGCCCGGUUCGAUUAGCGGCGUUUCCCCUUCCCCCCCCGUCGUCUUGGAACCGCUGAGACGUUGACUUCGUCUUUCGUACCUUUUUGGUUUUUCUCUUAACGGUUUGUUUGCUUGUGGUUGGCAUAUUGGUCGAGUAUGAAGGGGUCGUUGAGAGUGUGACGUAGAUGAAACGCCAUGAUGGGUGGAUUUCGGUGUUGGGCCAUGCGUGUGUACUUCGAAGUAAGUGUAGCUGAGUAGGAAGUGACGUUGUGUCUGCCCGCUGGUAUAUGGACGAUCUUGCACUGAUCGGGACUAUAUUUGUAAAAAUUGUUUUGGGCCGACUACAUGUGCCGUCGUCCGUCACAACAUUACGCGACAAACGGCUGCUGUAGGAAAGUCGGCGCUACAUGGCCAUCGGUCUUGUCGUUUGUACGAGACGAGCUGCCCAUCUUGCUUGUUGCUUGUACAUUGUCUGAAGGGGAACAAAGCAAUCUGAAAUUCCAUUUUCCCAUGAAUUCAAAUGGAAUGGAGUGCAUGUUCGCUGUUUCGCCGGUGGAAGAAGAUUUUGUAUGCGUAGGCCGUACUUCUUUCAACUUAUUUUUGCACCUCACCUGCGUCGGCCUGUAACCUCGCUCAUCACUUUGCAUCAUUUAUGUUUUAGGAGGGUGCUGCAUUAGGAUUCUACGGGUGUUUUUGAUGCGAAGACGACUUCAUUCGGUCCGGCCCGCCGGUGAAACUAAAAAGAAAAGUAGAGUG